GUCUAUUCUAUAUUCUAGGUACAAUGACUAAAGACAAUGUGAAGAAAAAUCUUCAUCUAAGAAAUAUGGUCUCUUUCUGGAUAUUUGGGCUGUGCAACAACUUCACGUUCAGUAUGAUGUUGAGUGCUGCUCAGGAUAUUCUUUCUAAACAACAUCGGCCAAUUCACCAUGUCGAAAAUGUCACGGAUGUGUGCCUUCCCAAAAUUACUCACCGAGUCUGCUCACCUACUUCAGCUGGUGUGGUGCUUUUAUGUAAUAUUCUUCCCGCUCUCAUGAUUAAACUAAUGUACCCAUUCGUAAUGCACUGGAUCCCUUACGGGAUCCGGCAUCUAAUGAUCUGCAGCUUUCAAGUGGCUUCGUUACUAAUGACUGCUUUUUCUACUUCGGUGCCCAUAGCUCUGCUCGGCGUUUGUAUAGCCUCUAUUGCAGGAGGGCUAGGUGAAAGCACAUUUUUAGGGCUGGCUGGGCACUAUUCAAAGCAUACUAUUGCUACUUGGUCAUCUGGUACUGGUAUGGCCGGAUUGAUAGGGGCUUUUUCCUAUGCUGGUAUGACCGAUGCUCGAUUGCUAGCAUUCUCACCUUCUCAAGCGAUGUUGAUUAUGCUGGUUAUGCCGGCUAUUUACGCUUUUACUUACUAUAUUGUACUCGUCAGAGCGCCUACAAUACGGAAAAUCACUGCCAAUCGUCCUGGUGACUGGUUCUCAAAUGGACAAACAGAAAAGAAGAAUUUACCAUCAGAGAAUGAUAUCAGCAUAAAACCUAAGGGCGGUUUUAUGGAACAGUUGAAAAGGGUAAAGAGUUUGCUUCGCUACAUGAUUCCAAUGUUUCUCGUCUAUUUGGCUGAGUAUUUAAUCAACCAGGGACUUUUAGAACUGAUUAUAUUCGACUGCUCGCACAGCUAUGGUAAUAGUCCAGCGAGUCAAUAUCGAUGGUAUCAGGUGAUGUAUCAAGCAGGAGCCUUUAUAUCACGAUCUUCGCUAAAACUCAUCCAAUUCAAUAUGACUUUCAUCGCUCUUAUGCCGUUACUGCAGCUCCUCAACACCGUAUUCCUGACAGUCAAUGCUAUCUAUGGAUUCUUGCCCCACUUUGGCAUCGUAUGUGCCGUCAUUCUCUAUGAAGGCCUUAUAGGCGGAAGUUCCUACGUCAACACUUUUCAUCAUAUCCACAGAAAGGUGGAUCCAUCUAUACGCGAGUUUGCCUUGUCCACUGUCUCCCUGUCCGACACUUUGGGAAUCGUGGUAGCGGCUCUCAGUGCAAUUCCACUUCAUAAUGCCAUUUGUGAAUUGCCGUUCAAGGCUUGAUUGACAACAUUUUUGUACCAUAGCAGGACAUCGAACAACUUUGAUGGAAGAAAAACGGGACAUAGUGGGCGCGAGAUGCUCGUUGGGCUCUGCCCUCUCAUCUCUUGCGUUCGCUAUCUCUACAGCACUAGUUUGAUAUAUAGUUAAUUGUCAGAAAUAGCCAUGCUAGCGUAUUUGACCGUACGAGUGCUGCUCUAGUCAUAUCCUUUUUACUUACCCUUUUGCCAUUGAUAAACUUUGCACGUUUCGAUAUACAUACAAUCUUUGUCUUGCGAUGAAAAGGUGCUGUGAGAGCAACGAUGACAUAAAUCUAGCAGUUACUGGAAAGUAAUUUUGAGGCCCUACUAAGGCACGGCCCAAGCUGC